UCAGGCCAGGUUGGGGUCAAGCCCAUUAGGCAAACAGAAUGAUAUGUGUUUGGAGACCACAUCUCUAAGGUUGUGGACUUCUCAAUUCCACUGCACUAUUGUGGACCCAACUUUGAGGCCGAGGGCUUCUGGCAUUGUUGACGUGGCGUGUACAGUGAAGGUCUCUCUUGACGGGGAACGAGUGGAGAUGGCAACCCCUGGUAGAAGCAGCCAGAAAUUCCAGCAAACGCCGGAUCUUCUUCAAGAAAUAUCACCUAUCAACAUAGGGCAAACACUGUCGAGCAUGUCGUCUCAGAGGAGACUCCUCGAGCAGCAUGUUGACGGAGAUGACUUGGAAGAAGAAGAACAGGGGGGUGAAGAAGAAGAUGAGGAGGAGGGGGAUGAGCAGGAGAACGCAGGUGUUUGUCAGGAAGGGGAACAUGAGCAGGGAGUUCCAUACGAUGAAAGAGUUCCACUUACGGCAGAUGAUUUGUUCGCGUUGCCGUAUGAGUUCGAGUUCCUUGAUCAGGACUGGACUGUGCAGAGGCUGGCAGACGGACUGUUCUUGCAGAGGUUGCUUCCCACUGCUCGUGUGUACGAUAACGUCGACCGAUGCAUUAUGUUUGCCUACAUCGUGAGAUAGCAAGACGGGACGCGUAUAGUUGUGAUCAACUGCUGGACGCAGUGGAGGAAUGUCACCACUAGAUAUGGCCUACUGAAGAAGAACUUUCGAGGAGAUGUUCAUCACGACCCGUGGCAGAUCAUCUGCAACAAAUUAAAGACUUCUCC